UUUAACUUUUUUCAUAACGUCAUUUAAUCCACCGUCUUCAUUUGAAGUGUAAUGCUCCAGUGUGAAACACCCAGUGAAUCCUCUGGUCUUACUACUACUACCAGGCUACAGCCAAACUUUGGUACUUGGCCAAUCAUUUCCCAGGAAAAUGUGACUGCUAGGAAUUCCCCACACAUCAGUCAGCCUCUGUCUGUCGGAGAAAACUGCAACCUUGUGUCGGGAAGCCCAGGAAAACAGCAGCAGGAGGGCAAAGCUGACCGGUGACUGCGAUGAUGGAGCUAUAGCACAGUGUCUCCAACUCGACCCGGGAUUAUAAUGUUUUUCUAACGACGCCGUUUUUUCAGACACUAACUGUCUGCACAAACAUAGGGGAAAUGCAUUGCUUAUGACAACUUCUACUAGGGUGUAGAUGCUCCAGGCGCAGCGGGACCCAGCCUCCGUGUCAGAGAGGGACAAGGCUGCUCCUACCUGGGCCACAGCUCUCCUCUGAAACUCUGCUCGUUGUCCCUAACCGCACAGAUUAGAGAACAGGAGGACGUCGACAGGGAAGCCAUUUUGUGAGGUGAAGCUGAGGAGCCAAGAUAUUUCAGGCAGUUCGCUGCCCUCUGACCCAAACAUGGCGACGGCAGUGCAGCCAAGUGAACUGGUGUUCGAAUUCGCAAGCAACGGGAUGGACGAAAUCAACCAGGUUUGCAGUUAUCUCAUCCCUACAACCGUUUCUGAAUCCUGUGGAGCAGGAUUGAUUCUGGACGACCCGUCAGUUUUUCCGGCAGUAAUCGUUGAACAGGUGCCUGCUGCCGAUCUGCUGCAGGUUUACUCCGGCCUGGAGUCGGACGAAGUGACCAAUGGCAUCAUGGUGGACACAACUCUCCAUGUCGUAGAGGAACCGUCCAUUUUGGUGGGAGGGGUCGAUCUCUCAGUUGCUGUCAUCUGUUGGACAGAAACUUCAGUCUCUGGCCCAGAGGAUAGCAUGGAAACGAACGAAGCUGCAGCAGCUCUGCUCAACAUGGAGUCUCCAAACAACAUUUUGGACGAGAAGCGCAUGAUUCACACUUACGGCACUCUGCUGGAGUCGGACUUGACGUACGCUCCUCUCAGGCCAGACCAGAUGGAUAAUGGUGGGCUUGACAUGUCUAUGGAUGAGGACACUUCAUCCAUGGAUGACAUACCCCAAAAGUGCACCUUAAAACCUCAGAAGAAAAACAAAGUGCGGAAGCCGCGGGCCGUGCGUCCCUGCUCUCCUAUCACCACCCCGAACCUGCCACUCAGGAAGAAGAGCAAAGAGGGCAAAGGCAACACGAUCUACCUGUGGGAAUUCCUUCUGGCUUUACUGCAGGAUAAGAACACCUGUCCCAAAUACAUCAAGUGGACACAGCGGGAGAAGGGCAUCUUUAAGCUGGUGGACUCCAAGGCAGUUUCAAAGCUGUGGGGAAAACACAAGAACAAGCCUGACAUGAACUAUGAGACCAUGGGAAGAGCUCUCAGGUACUACUAUCAGAGAGGCAUCCUGGCCAAAGUGGAGGGGCAGCGGCUAGUCUAUCAGUUCAAAGAAAUGCCGACUGAUCUAGUGGUGAUCGAGGACGAAGACGCGGGCUCUGAUGCCCACGCUGGCUACGGGAAUCAGAGAUCUAGCAACGGCCGGUCUAUGGUCCGCGGAGGGUCCAGAGGGCAUGGGAGGGCUCACAGUCAGCACCAAGUCUCAGUGAAGCACAUGAAGAAGGAGCCCAUUGAUGAAUAUCUGUACCAGGACGCUAAUGGCGAUCAGACGGAACUUCUUCAAUCUGUCCACAUGUUGCAGUCCACCCAGGGGCCGAAUAUCCAAGAUCAAGCAAUGAGGGUUCCUGCAUCACUUCCUAUGGUCCUGACAUCUACCGGCUCUCUUCAGUCCAUCCCCCUCACCACUGUUCUGGCCAACGGGGAGUCCUGCCACUCGUCCCCACCUCGGGUUAUUCUCCACACCUUGCCAUGUGCCUCAGCAGGCAGCAAAGAUGUGCUUACAAUCCAGGCAGCUUCUUUUACAGGUGGAGCAAACAGCCUGCAGGAUGGCCUCCCUCAGCAUCUCUUGGUUACCAGUCUGGGCUCCACCACCUCUUCCUCUUGCACUUCCCCUACAGGAGUCAUUAGUUCCUCCCCUUCUCACCUGAAUGGCCUCCCUCGCCUGGUCACAAUCAACACCACCUGUGGGCAGACCAUGGUGGCACAGCAGCCUGGUACCGUAAUCGCCACGGUGCUCAAAUCCAGCGACUUCUCUGGGCUGCAGGUCAAAGAAGAGAUGCUGGACCCCACCUACUUCCAUUCGAUGGUGAACGGUGAUCCAUCACUGGCGGCAAAUACGUUCGAGAAAGAAGAGAUUGAGAUAGGGGAAGCAGAGCUGCAGUACAGGACUGUGAUCAUUGAUACCAGUCAAAGCCAGGGCCAUGAGGCUAUGAGCGAAACUAUAAUUAAUGGACAUUUCUCCCAGAGCAGCAGCCCCGGGGAGGGCCUGACCCCUGUAGAGGAACUUGAAGUGCGAGGGGAGAUGUCCCUGCAGCCCGAGCAGGGAAUCAAAUGUCUGCAGGAGCUGCCACUGUCUGUCCAAUUGCCGGCAAACUUUAUCCAGAUAAAGACAGAGCCUGCAGAGGCUUAGGGCUGCAGGACACAAGAUGAACCAAAAACAACAAUUGAAUCCAUUUUAACAACAGACUCGAUGUUUUCCUUUGGUCCCGCAUUGAUCUGAUCAAAGAUCAGAGCGAGGGAUCUUGCAGCAUGUUGCUAUUAAAGGUUGGUUAGUUCAGCCUCAGGAUUUAUUGUUUACUCACAUAUUUUGUGACCAUGUGCCUAAUUUUAAAUAAUCAAGGGAGUGUUUGGUUAUUGUAAGAAGUCACUUUUCAGAUAUUGGAUUACCUUCCAUUCACAUUAAUCCCAACACACACAAAUAUACAGAAACACACACACACUCACACACAUCUAGGAGAACAGCCAUUGGAUAUACCAGGGAUUCCUGUCCACCAAAUGUGCCAGUUAGUUAUUUUCUUACCUUACAUCUCAAUGGACCUGUAUGUUUAAAAAGGAAAUCCCGACAAACCAAAACUGGGGACUGAAUGCCAAAAAGGUGAAAUGAAAUCACACUUCUAAGAUCAUGCACAGGACAUGUGUGUUUUUAAAAACUAAACCACAUACAAGUGUGGUAAUGUGUCACAGUGUCCUAUCCAGGAUACAAGACACAUCUCAGCGUUUAAUUGAAGAGUACCUUAAAGGAGCAGCUCGAGACUCUUUCGUGGAAACACAUGGGAAACCGAUGAAAGCGGACUUAAUGGCUUUUCAGACUUUCUAACUUGUAAGGACUUAUUACUCAUUUAUUUUGAUAUAAACAGAAAAGGUGUGCAUUCGCUCUAAUAUUCCUGGCCUUAAAACACUGUGUUACUAUGGAAAUGGGCAUUUUCUGUUCACCAAGGACGGUCCAACAUCAAAACUGUUUGUAUAGAGCUGCAGACCGGAGGCGCAAACAGAGAGAAAGAAUAUGCAGGAAAAAAAAGAUUUUAUCAGCCUCUGUUUCAGAGGCUCCAAGGUUUCAAUCCUGUUUAUAUGAAAUGGAAUAUAUAUAGAUAUAUAUAUAUACACAUAUAAUAUACAAUUGAGAUUCAAUUUUAAGGCCAUAGUGAAUUUAUUUAUUUUGUGAAUUUCUAAAUUCUGUAUAAAAAAAAAGGCACAUUUGUCUUCUAUUUACAUGUAUAAACAUGAGGGAAAAUAUAUAAAGAAUAUGAACGGUAAUACCAGGAAGCUUAUUUGGUAUUUUUUUCAAGACCAACAUUUUUCAUUUGUAUAGCCUUCCAUAUAAUCAGCUUUUCGUAUUUUCUUGAAUUUUGAAUUCGAGUUCAGUACAGCAUCAUUAUUCCCCUGUUAUAUUCUCUUCUUGUAGAUAUCCUCUGUUUUGUGUCUGAUUUUAAACUUGUACCGAAUGUGCUUUGGUUUCUUCUUCUCAGCAGACAUACCUCUUUACCCUUUUCAACAGUUUAACAGUAAGGACUAUGCAUUCAAAACAUGUUCUGUAUACUGCAUUAAGUAUCAAAUGUAUCAAUCAGUAUGUCUUUAUUAUAUUUUACAUUUCUUUAGUUAUUUUGGUAUGAAGAUGUACCAGUGCUGUUUUUGAAGCUCCUCUCCUGUUCCUCUUUCCCAUUUUCCUCUUGCCUUGUCUCAUCUUCUCUCUAGGACUGCACAAAGAAAAUAUGCAAUAUACUAUAUUGUGAAUAUCCCGAAACAAUAUUACUUGCCAAAAGUAAACAGAUAUAAUAACCUACAUUUGUCUUCUAUUUAGAACAUAAAAAUCACCAAUGAUAGUUACGUUUCGACUGAUACUGACUAAAUAAAGUAUUCCAGCCUUUCACAAUAUGUUUGGCACUCAAGUUGACUUUGCAAUGGCAAUUAAAAACCCUGUAUAUUGUGCAGCUAUACUGCUUCUCUCUUCCUCUCCUCCUCUUCCUCUCCUCUCCAGCUCGGGUCAGUCCAGUCUGUGCUUCUCUAUUUGUUGUCCCACUUAUUUAAGGACCUCUCGGGCCAGCCAUCUUAUUGGCCCCUCGGUUCUGCCGUGGAUGAAGCCAUAUUGAUCCCGGUGGUAUCACAGCUAAAUUGGUUGUUUUGUCCACCCGGACUGUAGCUGCAGAGUGAGGACAUUCAGACAAACUGACCUCCAUCCGUGCCGGCACCUGAGGACGGAGCUAAACGCUGCUUUAAAACCCCUCAUUAGCCAAAGGGCUCUCGGUCUGCAAAGACACUCUGAAUGUAUACUAAUUGUUUAAGUACAUGCAAACCUUUGACAAUCAAUAAUUACACUGGGUUACAUUUGCAUAGAAAUCUGUCUUUGAUUGGGGAUUUGCGGCUUUUUAUUUUUUGCGCUGUAUAUAUUACCGUAUCUUCGCUGCCUUUUCUCUAAAGCACUGUUGUCUGUGAGAUGUUGAGGUAUGUCCACUGCUUAUGUUUUGUUGCUUCUGUUGUCUUGGUGUUGUCAAUUGCCUUCCUUAUGCUGAAUAUAGAGUAGAUUUUUAAGAAAAAGUCAAUGUACUAAUUAAAAAUGAAAUCUUCUUCACUGAA